AUGGAUACGAACCAGAACAACACCGUCCGUACGUCGCACUGGAGGAUGGAGCUGAACAACGUGUGGCAGAGCAACAAAGCUCUUGGACCACUGGCGUGGGAGGAUAUCCCCGCCCACGGUCAUCAGGGUCCUUGGACCGCGAUUGUCAGGAUCAAUGGCAUCGAAUUUGGGAGCGGCGGUGGCAACAGUAGAGAUGAUGCGAGGGAGGCCGCCGCACACGUAGCGUAUCUACAAGUCAUCAAGAAGCUCCAGGGGCAGUGA